AUGGGGAUGCAUAAUGUAGAUGCAGGAUCGUCAGACGUUGGGCAAGAUCUCCUCGAACAGGAGAUGAAGCGCCGUUUAUGGUGGCACCUCACUUGUACAGAUUGGCUACUUGGAAGCGCACCCGGCCCACAGCAGGGUAUUUACAUGAUCAGCCCUCACCAUACGACGGUCAAGUAUCCUGCCAAUAUCGAAGACGAAGAUCUGACCGAAGAGGGUAUUCAUCGACACCCGAAACCCGACCGUCACCCAACAUCGAUGUCAUUCUUCCUCUGUCGUCUCAAAUUCGCCCAACUCUGUCGCGAAUCCAUGGACGCAAUUCAGCAUGCAAAGACUAUACAACCAUCACAACUCAUAUACCCGCUCAUACUGGAAAUAAGCGACAAGUACAUGUCUUUCCUCAGGGAGCUACCGUGGUUCUUCCGUCUUGAAGACGAAGAAGACGAGGCGAAACGUACAGACUUGACCAAGAAGCAGCCCUACAUCUCGCAUCAGCGCGCUGUGCUUCUCUAUGGCAUUUACUCACGCCUGGGUCGCCUCCACCGCCCGUUCGUCACCAAAGGUAUCGCCGACCCUGGCUUUGCAGGUUCAUACAAUAUCGGUAUCGAGUGCGCGGAGAGACUCCUACGGAUCCGUCGCAUGACGGCGGUCCACGGGAGUCAGCUGCUUGACAUAUUCGGCCGCUCGCAGAGUGUUGACCAGCAUACUUUCAAUGCUAUGCUGCUGCUCACAAUAGAUGUGAUGGCGCAUCCGAACUCGCCUGAUUCAGAGCGCCGCAGAGCGGACGUUAUUGAGAUAUGCCACAUCUUGCAAGAUAAGCAUGUAAGGUUGGGCCAGCCUGCGAAUGGAAUUAGUCGAGCCGUGCAAAUGCUGUUGGAUAUCGUGCGAAAUUCGAACAGGCCCCACAUCAAGGACAAAGAUCGUUUUGACAGCACCGGUCAGGUUGGCUCAAAUACUGCGCAAAGUAUGGAUAGUCUGGUGGUUCCGGAUCAAUGCACGAUGGCAUCGGAAGCAUCGUAUCAAACGGCGUGGAUUGACGAGUUCCUUUCAAUAUCUGAUGAUCAAGAUAUGGACACCCUUUUCGAUGAGCUCUGGGGAUCUUACUCAGAGACGAGCAUUCCAUCUCGGGAGGGCUUCUUGAACCGGGAGGGGCUAUCCUAGUGGCUUUGAUGGGGCACGUCGUCGUAUAAGGAUAUUAGUGUUAUGUUAAGAGAGGACAAACUCGAGGCUACUUGAGAUACAGGCAUAAUUGACUUGUACUCGCU